AUGCGGUUCUUUCUACUCAUGCUUCUGUUGGUUUUGCUUGACUUCGCCACAGCAGCAUCGGUACCUCGUCGGUCGAAGGCGCGCAGUCUCACCCAUCGCUGGCCGCAGACUCUUACCACGCGAAAUGCCACAGCCAGUUCAGGCACUUUGUCCCUCAACAUCGAUCCUGACAUAAUCAACCCAGUCUGUGGUGGCAUCUACGAGGCCAACAUCAACGUACAGACUGCACCAGACCCGUUCUACCUCAGCAAAGCCUGCAACAACGUCCUGAACUAUAUCGGCGGCAUGAAAGGGAACAAAGACGUCGAUAUCAUCUUUGCUUGCACAGGCUUCGACACCUCCGGCGCAGGAACCCGAGACGUCAAGGUUAUCCUCAACACCCAAGCCGAUUUUCCGAUAAAUGCUGGCAGUAGCGGCACACAGAUGAUCCCGGCGAACAUGGAGCUUGCGUCGGUGCAGGAUAAUGUGUUCUACGAUUCAGAGGUGAACCUUGGAGUUAAGAGGAAUACCGGGAACGGGAAUAUCACUCUUCAGUACAUCUAUUGUUGA